GGGCGGGGGCGUCCCAGCCCCGCUCAGCGGCUCGGCGCCUGGAACAAUAGCCAGCGAGCGAGGAGAGGAGCCGGCUGCCGGCUCGGCCCCCCGCUCCCCGCCCCGCCCCGCCCCGCCCCUGCCCGCCGCACGCCCAGCCAGAGGCAGAGCCGCCGCCGCCGGAGGAGCCGGUUCCAUGCCCGCUGGAGCCUCCUCGUGCCGCCGCCGCCCCCGCUCGCCCCGCCAUGGACGUUCGCUUCUACCCCUCGGCGCCCAGCGCGGUGGCCUCGCUGCCCGGGGCCGAGCCCGGCUGCCUGGGCCCCCUGGACUAUUACCACUGCAACAAGUUUGACGGGGAGAACAUGUAUAUGGGAAUGAAUGACAAUAAUCAGGAGUUCCUAUCAGCGAAUCAGACGUAUAAUGGUCAGAAUGAGAAUAAUGAGGACUAUGAAAUCCCUCCUAUAACUCCUCCUAACCUCCCGGAGCCUUCGCUUCUUCAUUUGGUGGAUCAUGAAACCGGGUAUCAUUCGCUGUGCCACGGCCUCCCUCCAAAUAGCCUGAUACCAGCAUAUUCCUAUCAGAACAUGGACCUUCCAGCCAUCAUGGUGUCUAAUAUGUUGAGUCAGGAUGGGCAUCUUCUCUCCAGCCAACUACCUACGAUCCAGGAGAUGGUCCACUCAGACGCCACUUCCUAUGAUUCCAACCGUCAAGUCCCCCUGAUCAAUCGACCAGGGAUGUUAGCCGGUCACAUGAGUGCCCUCAGCCAGUCACAGCUGAUUUCUCAGAUGGGUAUGAGGAGCGGUGUUACCCAUGGUUCCCCAUCACCCCCAGGAAGUAAAUCUGCUACACCAUCUCCCUCCAGUUCUACUCAGGAAGAGGAGACAGAAUCACAUUAUAAGAUUUCUGGAGAGAAGAGACCAUCAACAGACCUGGGCAAGAAACCCAAAAGCCAAAAGAAGAAGAAAAAGAAGGACCCCAAUGAGCCCCAGAAGCCUGUGUCAGCUUAUGCCCUGUUUUUCAGAGACACACAAGCAGCUAUCAAAGGGCAAAACCCAAAUGCUACAUUCGGAGAUGUUUCAAAAAUUGUUGCAUCAAUGUGGGACAGUUUGGGAGAAGAACAAAAGCAGGCAUAUAAGAGGAAAACAGAAGCCGCGAAGAAGGAGUAUCUAAAGGCUCUGGCAGCCUACAGGGCCAGCUUGGUUUCCAAGAGCUCUGCCGACCAGGGUGAAACGAAAAGCACCCAACCCAACCAACCUUCCAAAAUGAUACCACCAAAACAGCCCAUGUAUACGAUGCCACCGCAGGCCUCAUCGCCUUAUCCUGGCUUAGGCUCAUUCCUGUCCCCAUCAGAUCUGCAGAGUUACCGGGGACACCCUCACCCCAGCCUUUCCCGAACCCUCAGUUCCAAACCCAUGUUGCCCAGCAUCAGUGCCUCGCCACCUCCUUCUUUCCAAAUCAGCCCUCCUCUCCAUCAGCAGCUGUCUUUGCAUCACCCACAGAGCUCCCUCCUCAACCAGUCACUCAGCAUGCAGCAGGUCCAACAGCAAUCCAUCUUGUCUCCUUCCAUGGCACUACAGGUACAACCCCCAAUGAACGCUUCACCUCCAGGGCAGCAGGACUUUUCACAUAUUUCAUCUGAGUUUCAAAACAGUGUUGGACCCCGGUCACCUGGUGCAUCAAAUCCCCCAGGAAAUACCGACUGGGACAAUGAUUACUCCAGCAGAGAGUGUGGAAUUAACCACUGCAGCAUGCUGCCAAGGGACAAGUCGCUCUACCUCACCUAAACCCACCAUCUCUUUCCAAUAAGGCUCAAAGGAAGGACACUUGAGAGGGUCUAUAAUACGGACCAUCCAGAGGGGCGUCACGCAAGUCAUACAGACGAGAGAGCUGAGCUAACACGUCUCAUUGCUGGCUUCAUUUCCAGGCUCUAAGAGCAGUUUUCUUUUAUUAUUUUGAACUCUAAAUUCUACUUUUCGUGGAAGCCCAAACCUCAUAAAUCAUGAAGAACAAAAAAAAAAACCCAAACAAACAAA